AUGUACCCUCUGAAGGUUUGUGGCGCUCGUACAACCGUGGAACUCAAAGAGAACAACCUUGUGGGGGACCUCGUGGAGACAAUCACAGUCAAUGAUGGCGUAACCCUCUCGUUGGGAACUUCCUCCAGCAACUCCUUCACUCUGGAUGGCAACCGGCUGUUGGCUGCUAAGGUUCUGGACUAUGAGACUUCCAAAAGUCAUGUGGUCAAACUGGUGUGCUUGGAUGGAGGCACGGGCCAGAUGUUGACCCUCAUCAUCGCUGUGUUGGUGAUUAACGAGAACGACAACCCGCCAGUCUUUGAAGCAAACUCCUAUCUGAUCAAUGUCAAGGAGCUGAUUCCUGUAGACACGCCGCUUGAUGAACACUUUCCCGCCACUGAUAAGGAUGACAACACAGUGCUCUACUACCGGCUAACGUCAGAAACCAAUUACUUUAAACUGGCGUCACCCACCAACCCAGAACUUGUCAUGCAGAAUGUUGUGGACUAUGACCAAGUCCAACAUGUCCAGAUGGUCUUGUAUGCUCAGGACACGCCCUUAGCAGAAUCUGGCGGCAAGGACUCAUUCACCGCCACCACCACCAUCCGUGUCAAUGUCCUGGAUGUGGACAACAGGCCGCCUUGGUUCCAGCCCUGUACCAAACACGUGAUGGCCGGAGCCACCAUCUGCCAGAGUGGCGGCUACACCAGCCGGGUGGUCUUAAACGAACAGGAGGCUGAACCAUUAACAUUGAAGCCAGGUCCACUUCACGCCAUUGAUGGUGACUCCGGGAUCAAUGAAGCCAUAAGAUACUCAUUCCUGAGCGGAAACCAAGACGGCCUGUUCGAGAUCAACCCAAGCACCGGGAAUAUCAGCAUGAUGAGGGCCGCUGAUGUGGUGGACACGAUCACUCUAACAGUUCUGGCCGCUCAGAUGCCAAGCAGUUCUCAAUUUGCAACCACCAGCCUCACCAUCAGCGUCCAGGUGAAGAGCCUCCACCGGCCACAGUUUCAGAGACCUCAGUAUGAGGGUGUGGUGUCAUCAGUGGGCGCCAUGGCAACCGACCCAGCAAACAAGGACGAGCCGCUGCGGCUCAUUGCCUUGGACGAGGAUUACGCCGCAGCUGGGGGUAUAAAUCCUCACAUGGCCUAUCAUAUUAAAGGGAGUGACGACUUCGCCAUCAUCAAUGGCUACUUAUUCAUGACCAAGGACCUCCCAGAGGACACAUUAUCUCUACAAGUGGAGGCGGUGGACACUUCUAAUGACCAGAAAGCAACAGCACAGCUAUCAGUGAAAGUGAAAUCAGGUCUCACCACCACCGCUUUGCCUUUGAGCACGACCGACAUCAUGACCAGCAUCGUGACCACUGACAGUGAAACAACUGAAGACAUGGGGUCCACCAUCAACCCCACUACAUCAACCAACAGCAGAACCACUGAAGAAGGGGAGUCCACAACUAACCCCACUGACAGCAGCACCUUGACUGCCAGCUCCACCAGCAUAGGUACCACGGACUCCAAUAUGUCCACUGAGGGCACAAGGAGCACAGCGGACCCUCACACAGAGGGAGUGAUGAUCCCAUCGGGUGAUUUCAGAACAGAAGACAUGGCGGCGCUCGGUGCGACGCUGGGCAUUCUUCUCUUCGUCUGUCUGGUGGUCAUUGGGAUGCUUGUCUGUCGCCUUCAGAAGGGAAAAUCCGACUGGAGGAAGAUUCAUGAAGCCAGCGUGUUCCGAAGCUCUCUGGGCCAAGGCUUAGGAGGCCAGAAGGAGGGCAUCCAGUACACUAACGAGGCUUUCGAGCACGAUGAAGAUGGAGGCAGUGUGGGCUCAGGGGGACCAGAUGUGAUGGUGGGGAAGGAGCUGCAAGGAGGAAGUGACAGUCUUGCCCUCAAGUCUUCUGCAGUGCUGAGCACUCUCCUCAACGAUGAUGUUAGUCUAACAGGCUCCGACAAGGCCGACAAUGAAAAGGAGGUGAAGCCCAUCCUGACGAAGGAGAGGCGCAUGGAGGAGGGCUACAAGGCUGUUUGGUUCAAGGAGGACAUUGAUCCCAACGCUAAGGAGGAGGUGGUCAUAAUUCCAGACAGCAGGGAUGACGACAGUGAGGAAGAGAAUGAGGAAGCGUCACCUAGGGAGGAGGACGACGAAGAUGACAGUACCCCAACCAAAAGCUCUAAGGUGGGCUUUGCGGAGGCGGACCUGGACAGUGGACUCGGAGUGAAAAUGGAGGACCCAGCAGAGGACUCAGAUGUUGACGAAGUUCUGGACAUUGAACUGUGAGAGCGAGGAGGGCGCAGCAAGAGGCGCCCAUAAUAAAAGCUGAUCAUUUAUCAGUCCUUAACACUCAGCCUCAUCGGACUCUCAGAACCAUGAGUGAACACACCCAAUACAAAAAUAAAUCAAGGCACAUAAUUAUCAGGAAACUUAUUUAAACAGCCUUUUCAGAGGGUGGCGCUAUAGUGCAACCAGAAUCCAUGCAAAAAGCCAAUAUGUUCAAUAAGCAUGACCUAACUAGCAAAGUCCAGUGUCAGGGAAACAGAAAGCGCCAUAUAAAUCAAAACCAUUAUUAUUAUUUAGUUUUUGAUUUAUUUUGGAGCCUAUAAAAAGUUAGAAAAUCAAACUUACCAUUUGUUGAACACUGAAAGUUAAUCAUUAUCCUCGAUUGUUGUUGC